CGGUGGGUGGCCAGCAGACAGAUGAGGUUCGAGGGAGGGUUCCAGGGUCGCUGUAACAAACUGGUGGACGGCUGUUACUCCUUCUGGCAGGCUGGGCUGCUGCCACUGCUACACAGAGCCCUCUUCAAAGAAGGGGACUCUACAUUGAGCCUGCAGAAGUGGAUGUUUGAGCAGCAGGCGUUGCAGGAGUACAUCCUCCUCUGCUGUCAGAACCCUGCUGGCGGGCUGCUGGACAAGCCUGGCAAAUCCAGAGACUUCUACCACACCUGUUACUGUCUUAGUGGUCUGUCCGUAGCGCAGCACUUUGGCAACAUGGAUCUGCACCACGAGAUGAUCGUCGGCCGGGAGGAGAACAGACUGGCCCCCAGCCACCCCGUCUACAACAUCUGUCCAGAGAAGGUAGCCCAGGCCAUCCAACACUUCCACCAGCUGCCUGUCCCCGUGCCUGCACAGAAAGAGGGGUCCUCGGCCUGCAACACUACCGCUGACCACUCCUAGUGCUCACAGUGUAGGCAUGCCUAUGAGCGUAUUUGAGGGGGUCAAUUUGAGCAUGAAGGCGUGACUCAGAAUCGCUUAUCUUGAUCACAUGAAUAGUUAUUUGGGAUGCAAGGUUUGUCUAUAUCGGUGAUUCCUGUGCAGUACGACUGCAA